AGUCAGCGUUUGUCCGCUGUGUAUUAGGAAACUUCUCCAACGGAAAUUCGCUUGUGACGGGCUUGCUUAAGUCAUUACUCUUUUCCACAUCUAUAAUACUCCCUCUCUCCCCUUUAUUGGCAAACAUUUUCCUCUCUUCUUCUUCUCCACCUGCCAGAUUAUAACCUUCCUCCAUCCACUUCCUCUGCAACCGUUAAUUAUUUCAUUUCAUUUCAAUUCAACGAAAUGGGUGUCUGCUUGUCUUGUUCAGUCCUCGGCGAAUCCCAUCAGCUCCCUCCAUCUACAGCAAAAGUGGUGUCAAUUAAUGGUAAUCUCCACGAGUACAGCGUUCCUGUGUUUGUUUCUCAAGUCCUUCAAACAGAAGCUGCAUCCUUGUCUUCCUCCUCACCAUCUUCCUUGUCUUCUUUCUUUCUCUGCAACUCUGAUUUCUUAUCCUAUGAUGAUUACAUUCCUGCCUUGGAUUCCAACGCUCAGCUAUACGCCAAUCAGUUAUAUUUUAUUCUUCCAAGAUCAAAGCUUCAAAACAGGCUAAGCGCUUCUGAUAUGGCUGCUUUAGCUGUCAAGGCUAGCGUAGCUCUUCAAAACGCCUCCAAGAAGGGAGGUCAUCGGCGUAAAAAGGCCAGGAUUUCUCCUGUUUUGGUUGUGGAUCAGUCCCCCUCAUCACAACCUCUCAUUGAUGAAAUUAAGACCUUUGAUAAGCCCUUCAAUUAUAAGACGCAGCAGCAGCAGCAGCCUGCUGUUGGGUAUUCCAGAUCCGGCUCUGUUAGAAGAUUGCAGAAGUAUACUUCCAGACGAGCCAAAUUGGCUGUUCGUUCCUUUAGGCUCAGGUUAACCACCAUCGACGAAGGAAUAUCGCUCUAAGUUUUUUUUUUUUUUUACCAAAAAAAAAAAAAAAAAAAAAAAAA